AUGUCUGGUAGCCUCAAAGGAGGCGAAGGAGGGGCAGUAUCAUCAGCUGUUCAGCCCCUCAGAAGGUUGCAGUUGCUCCUGCAAGGAGGUCAUCUGCAGCUCUCAGCAACUCCAAUUGCACAGCUAUACCACACCAGCGGUGAGACUCUAGCGGCAGCGCACCAGGCAGAAGAGCCGUCACUGCAGCAUGAAGCUGUGGUGGGACCCAGCCUGCUGACAGCCUCGCUGGCAGAUCUGCUGAUGCUGUCACAAUCUCCAGCCGCAGCAAGCCUGGGUAGCCUGCCAGUGCGGCAUCCGGAAUCACACCAAUCUAGCUCCCAGCAAACGCACCAGCCGCAGCGCCCCAAGAAGAAGAAGAAGAAAGAGAAGAAACUGGAUCCUGAAUACCACAAGACAGGCAUGGGGAUCAAGGCAGAGGACGUUGCAGAGCUCAAGCAGGCUCUGAAGGAGAGGCUUGGAUGGGCAUGGUCCACUUUCCUGACCAGGUCUUUCGACGAAGUCGUUGGGGACAGCGGCUCCGAUUCUCCAAAGCCGCUCCUGCCCCCUGUAUCCCAGAUUGCGGACAGUGUGGACUGCCUGCUGGGCUGUUUCAAUGGCGUGAAGGACUCGCAGCAGGUGGUGCGCAACUGCCUCCUGCGCUGCCCGCAGCUGCUGGCGGCUCCGCGCGCUCAGCUGGAAGCUGCCAUCGGCUUCCUCGACUUCCUCAAUCUCUCCACUGAGGAGGCACGCCCCCCUCCUGCUGCUGCUCCCUCUUGA